CGAUAUUUCUGCCUAUCGCCUGGACGAAAAGAAGACGCCGGCAAAAAGAAGCGAAAAUUUGUUUAACUGAAGUAAAGACGUCGGAAAUAAGCAAAAAUGUCGUUCAAAGGAAAUCCCAAGGUGCAGAAGGUGAUGGUGCAGCCCAUCAACCUGAUCUUCCGUUACCUGCAGAACCGGUCCCGCGUGCAAGUAUGGUUAUACGAGAACAUAUCGCUGCGCAUCGAGGGCCACAUUGUGGGAUUUGAUGAGUACAUGAAUCUGGUGCUGGACGACGCCGAGGAAGUCUAUGUGAAGACCCGGCAGCGCCGCAACCUCGGGAGGAUCAUGCUCAAGGGCGACAACAUCACGCUCAUACAGAACGUCAGUCCCACGAAGGACUAGGCGACUCAGCUCCUUCGAAUUCCACCUGCAAGCGCUGAACGCCCUUAAUAUAAGUAAAAUAAAUGUAAAGCCGAUAUCUGAAGACGAAUGUUGAAAUAAAUGAUAGACUUUCUGUAA